ACAUCUUCAGCAAAUGUUAAUUAAUCUUUAAAUCUUUUGAUAAUUUAUUAUUUAAUGUUAUUAUUUUUGACAAAAGUGCGCGAAUAUAUUUCCAAUCAAUAGAAUUGUGUUGCUCCUUGAAAUGAAAUUUUCUCUCAACGAGUAUUUACAAGCAUUUAGUUUCUUAAUUCGUUACUAGAUCGUUGUUUAUUAUUAAUGUUAGCUGUACUUAAAAAAAAAUGCCAGAAUUAACUGAAUUGGACAAAGCUGCGACGUCUGAGCCAACCAAGGUGGAGGCUGCAGCAGCUGGAUCAGGAAGUGAUUCUGAUUCAGAUGAUACUAUUCCGGAAUUAGAAGACGCAGCAACAGAAGAUGCUGUCGGUUUUCCCAGACCUACUGUCACUGGUCUUCCCAGUGAUAUUGUUUCAAAGGCGAAACAAAGCCGUGGCGAGAAAAAAGCCAGAAAACUCAUGAGUAAAUUGGGAUUGAAACCAGUGCAAGGUGUAAACAGAGUGACAAUUCGCAAGUCAAAAAAUAUUCUCUUCGUUAUCAACAAACCAGACGUUCUUAAGAAUCCAGCUUCGGACACUUACAUUGUAUUUGGAGAAGCCAAAAUUGAAGAUCUUAGCCAACAAGCCCAGGUGGCGGCAGCUGAGAAAUUCAAGGAACCGCCAGUGAUCACAGCAACUGAAGCCGGUGGCAGUACGACGGUUGUGGCACCAAUUCAAGAAGAAUCAGAAGAAGAGGUUGAUGAAUCAGGCGUCGAAGAAAAGGAUAUUGACCUUGUAAUGAGUCAAGCGAACGUCUCGCGAGGGAAAGCGAUCAGAGCUCUUAAGAAUAACCACAAUGAUAUUGUCAACGCUAUAAUGGAGCUGACGAUGUGAUGAAACAACUUCGAAGCAUAAUAGGCUACGGUACAUUAUAAUUCACAAUAAGGCCAUUCUUUUAUUUGUGAAUCAACUAAUCAUUUUCUCUUUCACUCUCUCGCUCUUUCUUUUAUCCAUCCAAUAUUGACUUCUGCGACGAAGUAAACCCUUUCAAUAACAGCAUUCAACAAUUUUUGGUCUCGAAUGAAGAAGAAAAAAAAUUAAUGUAUAUACACAAAUUCAGUAAAAAAAAAAAAAAUAAUAAAUAAACACUUUUAAUUUGUCUUCAAAUCGUGCUGAAAAUUCAUCAAGAGACAUUUUUUUUUUUUUUUAUAGAAAGUAAGAUAAUGAAACUUGUAAAAAAAAAUUUGACUGUGAAUUUGCUUGAAAUGUUGAUUUGAUAUUUAGCUUUGAAAAGUUUUCGAAUAUAAUUCAUAUGUUUAUAUAGGAAAUAUUAUAAUCUACAGUAGGUAAUUUGAGAUUUUACGGAAAUAUGUGACUAGUUCGACGUUUGUAAUACAGAUGACAGCAUGGUUCUGUUUUCAUCAGUCAAAAUUAAUUUAUGAAAUAAAAUUAUUAAUCUGUGAAAAAUAGAAA